AUGUUGACGCACAUCGUAGCGGACGUGGUCCUGUGUGUCGGGGGGGAACUUAGUGAUCCGUUCGCUUUGUGGCCAAGAAACACCGGCUGGUCCAAACAACGCGCCGGACUCGAACAACCCGCAGCGGCCGGAGUCCAAGAAACAGCACGCAACCUGAUCGACGACAAUCACAAUCUGGAAUCUGCGUUGCGAUUCUUCUCGUCGGUGUCGGGUAUCUUCGGCAACCAGCAGAAUCAGCAUCUGCAGCUUAUUAAACAAAUGUUGGUCAAAUAUCUGGACCCAUCGUCCGUUCCGAAGGUGCUCUUCCAGGUUGUUUGUACCGUCGGAGCGUUCAUUCUGUUGCACGACAAGGACGACGGGUGAUGAUAAUCACGGCCGAAAGUAUCGACGAGGUGAUGAUUUUACUGUCGGAUAAUGUUCUGAGAUGUUCCGGAAGCGGACGUAAAAGAACGUGGCUUCUUUGGUUCCGCUGGUGCUACAGAUGAUGAUCGACCUGGAGGACGACGAGGAGUGAUCCGUGUCGGACGAGACUGCCGAUGAUAACACCAGCGACAAAAAUGUGAUUGCCGAGUCGGCGUGAGUCUUGUCGGAAAGGCCAUUCUGCCGCACAUUAUCGCAAACAUUACAAACAUGUUGAACUGGAAGUAACGGCACGCCGCUCUGUUAGUCGUCUCGGCCGCUGGCUAGGGUUGCCACAAGCAGAUGGAAAGCAUGCUGACGAACAUCAUGCAGGGCGUGCUCAAGUAGUUGAUGGGUCAUUUGACAGAUCAUUGGUCAAAUGGCCACCGACUUAGCAUAGGUCUUCGAGAAGAAGGCCUGGGCUGACCGGCAGUGGGGACUCUGCAUACUCAACGAAUUUUAGUUUUCCAUUUCAGCGAAGCCUGUUAAUAAACGAUUGUCAGUACGGUUAAAUUGAACUAGGGUUAAGCCCAUUAAGAUGAUGAAAAACGACAUCCUCUCACCGAAGGUUUGAUGUCGGAAAAAGAAAAAGGAAGCAUAGGAGUCGGAACAUCGGAACUUAUGACGACUUGCCGGAUUUCUCACAUGACGUGAACCCAACCCAUCUCCGUUCCCAGCUUGGUUCCGAAUCUACAUCAGGCUACCGGAGUAGCUCCACCGAUUGCGGCUGCAACUUCUGCAGCGUUUUAAAUUUAUUUCGAGUACAUUUACAAAUUUUCGUAUUGGUUACUCAUUACACAACUUAGUAACAAUGGUUCGUUUCCUCGUGAACGUUUACUGAUCAAACUCGAGGUCACUCUUGGCAAGGUAGAACACUUGUCGCGAUGGAUCCGCAAGGUACUUGGCCGCAGGCGUGUGGCGGAAGAACUGUAGUUGCCGCCGUCGUCACUGUUGGCAUUUGAGCACUCGAGCAGGUAACCCACGUUACAAUCAGCACCUAGAAGUCGCGCAAGACCGUUGUGAUUAUACCACUUCAAUUCUCCGUUCCUUCGCUGACGAUCAGCUCGCACCACAGUGGCAAAUCUUCUUCUGGUCGCCGAACGUCUCAAAGUUGUAGUUGAAG